CUGGAUGACCAGGAUCAGUACCACUUAUAUUGGAACUACGACACCAACUCAGUCACCUUUCGCGUGAAGGCACAGUUAGCCCACAAUAAUGACUGGUUUGCUAUCGGUUUCUCACAUGAUGGGGGUAUAGGUGGCGCCGAUAUGUGCAUCAUGUGGGCUGACGCUGAGUCUAAUCUAAAAUUACAGGAACUACAUGUGGACAGUGAGGGCCUGGCUGUGGUGGACCCCACCAACGACUGCCUUCAUUUGAAUGCCAGUCUAGAGUCAAAUCAAUUGAGUUUUGGGUUUAGACGUGCGUUCAACACGUGCGACCCAUUCGACUAUAUUAUCGAGGAUGGUACCACUAAUAUGGUGUACGCGACGGGCAGUGCGCCUAAAAACCAUACAAUAGAUAUGAAUGAUAGUAAACACGGGUCCCGACCCAUUAGACUUAUGGAUAUUCCGGAUCCCUGGGCAAACGGCUCCAAACCUUUCGUAUACCCGGAAGAGGUAGGCGUUGCAGUGGGCGGUCAAAGUGGUCCCCAAUACCUCUUACUUGAAACCCACUACCACAACCUUGCUUAUAAACCAGACAUACUAGACAGCUCAGGCCUACGUAUAUACGUAAUUAAUAAACUACGCAAAUACGACGCUGGCCUAGUAAAAAUAGGCAUGAACUCAUUUGGUAAAUACGUUGACCUCCCGCCCAAUCGCCCGGUGGUUGACUUGAGUGUCUACGUGACCCCCGAGUGCUCAUCAGUGGCACUGCCCGUCAAUGGUAUUACAAUAUUUGCUCAGGAGUUUCAUACACAUCAAAAACGUACCAGGGUCUGGACCCAACACGUACGUAAUGGUACAGAAUUGGCCGAGUUUAAUCGGGAUAAUCACUGCAACUACCAGUUCCUAGAUAUUUGGCUAUUAAAACAAAGAGUAACUGUUAUGCCUGGAGAUGUGCUAGUUCAUACCUGUAGUUAUGAUACUACAAAAAACCCAGUGGCUCCGGAUAUUAUGUGCAGUACAUUUUUCCACUAUUACCCGGCUACUAAUUUGAAAUGGGUGGUCAAUGAAUUAGGACCUUAUAUUAGAUAUUUGGGACAACAAUUGGAUUAUACUGAACAGCAAUUAAAUGAUAAUAGACCACCAUUUGAGGAAAUAUGCGAUAAAUUGUCCGGUGAAAGUUACCCGGGUAAUUGGAGUGAAAUACCGGUGCCUAAAAUACUAGUCCCAUUACAACGUGAACGUAAAGUGUGUGGCCUCAAUUUGACCAUAAAUAGUGGUUAUACAAAACAGUCAGCUGGGUCUGGGAUUGUUGGCUAUAUAAGGGAAUAUAGGGUACGAAACCCAAUAGAGCCCGUGUUAGUAAUGAUGUUUGGGUCGUGUUUGACUGCCGGCGCCGAAAGCAAGUCUCGCCGCGCGUACGCCUACCGGAAGUUACACCAAAAAAGUGACAUAAAGUCCGCGAAACUCGCAAAGUAUUCGCUGACAGACGAUAAGGAAAUUGCUUGA